UUGCGAGGUUUUAUUUUAUUUUUUUUUGGACGUAAGCAUACGUUUGACGUAUGCACGCGACUUUUGAAAAAUAUGUGGAUAUUUUGCUCAAAUUAAUUUAUCGACGAAUUAAAUUAGUAUAAAUUUAAUAAUGUCAUUUGAAAAUUUUAAUUGAGUAAUUGACAUUUAUUACAUGUUACACGUGCGAAACAUGAUGUCUAAUGUACGUCAACAACGUUCUACUACUUUGGAUGGUUUACCUAAACAAUUUGUCUCGUCGAUGAGGACACUUUUUGAUAUUAUGGACGAUAAGAAAACUGGUUAUGUAAAAUUUAGUGAAAUUGAACGUCGGUGGCACGAAAAUGGUACAAAGGGUUUGCCUAGUGGUGUGCUUGAAAGUCUAAGGAAAGUCACUCCCACUAAUGGUAUGUUAAGCUUUGAACGUUUCUGUGCUGGCCUAAAAAUAUGUCUCCUUCGUCACCGUGCUAAUCAGUUUAACGAAGACAAACAGAAAGUCUCCAGAUUAACAAAAAUGGCAAACAGACCGGCAUCCGUACCGUUACCGGAGAAGGGUAACGAAUGCACCAAAAUGAAAAUACCAAAUAUGCAGAAGCGUCCCGGUAGUGCCACUGAUAUAAACGAACCGACUCUGAGAACCAGGAGUCGUCAUAAUCACGUCAACACUGCCACCGUAAGACCCAAUAACGUGUUGUCUCAGCAGAGAGCGUUAAGUAUGCCGCAGUUACAGGACGGUUGCGUUUGUAACGAUAAUCCUUCCCAUGGUUACAAGACCGAAUUGAAAGUCGGUUCGCCGACCGCGAACGUUCAUGUAGGUUACGACCGUGUUGGAAUUAUGACUGCAUUGGAAAACUGGAGAUUGGGUAUUAUUAAAAACAGUGAUCAGGUGAACGAUGGAAAAAAUCCCGAAAUUAGUGAAAGGAAUUUGAAUACGAGGAAUAUUACCAUCAGAGGAAAUCAUAAUGAAAAUAAUCCUGUUGGGGAAGAAGGUAAUGGGAAUAAAGUACAAGAAACGGGUCCAUCAGCAAGAAGAACACUUCAUCGACGUAGAGAACCCAGACGGCAUACUUUAGCAAAUGGAAUUGAUUAUAAUAUGCUAAAAAGAAUGAAACAGUUGGAACAAGAAAGAGAUGUUUUGCUUCAAGGCUUAGAAGCUGUGGAAAGAGCUAGAGAUUGGUAUCUUCACCAAAUUAGUGUUGUGAAAGAUAAAAUGCAAUAUAUAGGAAAAAGUGGACUUCAUUCGGAAUAUUCAAGUGAUAUGCACCAAGAACGAUUAAAUUUUCAAGCUGCUAGAGUGUAUGAAGUCAAUCAACAUCUCGCUGCCUUGAUGGAUAGUUCAGAAAAGGGUUUUCUUCUUCAUAUGAAUCUUGCUGUUAGACCUCCUGUAAUGUAUAAUAAAUUGCAGCAAGAUUCAGCGCAAACAAUUAUUCAACGUCUUCGAGAGCAAAAUCAAAUGCUAACAGAAGAAGUUGGAAAGAAAAGUGAGUUGAUAACACAAUUAGAAAGAGAAAAAUGUUUGUUAAUUCGGGAAUUGUUUCAAGCACGUUCGCAAUAUCACAGAGAUCCUGAAGAUAUCACAUUGAUGUAGUAAAUAAUAAGUAUUAACAUCCAUUUUAUAGUAGCUAAAUUGAUGUAUUGAUAAGAAAAAUUAAUCAUAAUUGUUAAAUUUAUAUUUAUUAAGUUAUUUUUACAAUGAUGAUAGUGAUACAUUAAAAAUGUAUAUAAUUUGAUACAAUGUAAUGAAAGUUUUAAUUACUUUAUAUUUUUAUAAUGAAAAUAGUUAAUAUUUUUAGCAAAAAUAUCAAUCGUUAUCCAAUCACUUUGAAUAACCUUUAAAAAUGGUUAAUGUUACUGAUAUAGGGACUUAAAAUAGUGUAAUAUAAGCAUUAACUCCCACUUUAAAGAAUUUUUAAUAUGUAUUUUGAUAGUUUUUUGUAAAUUAUCCAACUUCUGA